CCAGGUUGAUUGCCUAGAUAGCUGGGCUAGCAGCAGCCGAUAUACUAUACUAUACGCCGGAGUAUAUAAUAAAGACACUCCUAGCGAGUGAAAUAUAUUCCGACCGGCGGCCGAGUAGCAAAAUAUAAAUUAUAAUGGACUCUUUCUUCCAAUCAACGCCCCUCCUACUCCUGCUGUUGUUGCCUCUGAUCACAUUCUCCAUUAUCCCUUAUGUCACUGCAGUGAUGGUUUCGGCGGCGGCCUUGGAGGAUGCCCAGCAGGUGACGACGGCUUACUCGGGCAGGCAGCACGCACGGACGGAUGCCCGCGAGCAAGAGGCUGUGUACGAGAUCAUGAGGGCCACCGGGAACCACUGGGCGGCGGAGAUUCCGGACGUGUGCCGGGGCCGCUGGCAUGGCAUCGAGUGCAUGCCGGACCAGAGCAAUGUCUUCCACGUGGUUUCCCUCUCCUUCGGCGCGCUGUCCGACGACACGGCCUUCCCCACCUGCAGCGGCGCGGCCCCAUCCAUUUCCCCCGCCCUCACUCGCCUCUCUCAUUUGCGAACCUUGUUCUUCUACCGCUGCUUGGCCGGCAACCCCCAGCCCGUCCCGCCCUUUCUGAGCGAGCUCGGCCAGGCUUUGCGAACGCUCGUCCUCCGCGAAAACGGGCAUGUGGGGCCCAUCCCCAGCCAGCUCGGAAACCUGACCCGCUUGACGGUCCUGGAUUUGCACGGGAACAGCUUAAACGGUUGCAUUCCGGGACAGCUCAACCGCCUCACGGCUUUGAGAUCAUUGGACUUGAGCGACAACCAACUGGGCGGCGCAAUCCCCCCCACUCUGGCCUUCCCUCUGUUACACACUCUGGACCUGAACCGGAACGGCCUCGUGGGUCCCAUUCCCGCCCGCAUCCUCAACUCCGGCCAUUCGCUCAUAAAGAUGGACCUGAGCCGGAACCAGCUCUCCGGUCCGAUUCCGGACUCCAUCCGCUCCCUCACCAACGUCAUACUCAUGGACCUCAGCUACAAUAGCCUCACCUCGCCCUUCCCGACAAACCUCAAGAACCUCAAUGCUCUGGCAGCUCUGAUUCUGAGCGGAAAUCCGAUGCCGGCGGAUGCAAUCCCGGAAUCUGCUUUCCAAGGCGGCUUCAAGGGCCUGGUCAUCCUGGCGAUGUCCAAUAUGAACCUCCGGGGUCCGAUACCCGAGUCACUCGGAAGGUUGCCCAGCCUUCGGGUGGUGCACCUGGACGGGAACCGGUUGAGUGGUUCCAUUCCGCAGAGCUUUGGAGGAGACCAGAGCUGCAGGCUGAGUGAGCUGAGACUGGAGAAUAACGAGUUGACGGGGCGCGUGCCAUUCAAGAGGGACGCGCUGUGGAGGAUGAGGAGAAAGUUGAAGCUUUUCAACAACCCAGGGCUAUGCUAUGACGGCGACGGCGACGAUCUUGAAGCCAUCUCGGGUUCUGGUAUUGGGCGCUGCGCCACCCACCCAACUACUGCGGCGGCGGCUGCGGUUCAACAAGCCUGGCCACCCAGUACCGCAACUUUAAGGAUGAAUUGCCCGCCUCUCAUCAUCUCUAUGCUUCUAUUACCACCACCUAUUUUGCUUCUCUCCUUCUUGCUUUAAACUGGUGUCCCAUUCAAAUUUUGGUUGGUUUUAAAUUUGGAGUGUAUCAUACAUUUUCUUUUCUCACCCAAUAGCAUUCCAAUUUAAUUCAUUAAUGACACUAUUUCAUGUCCCACUAUUUCCAUGUGUCACUAUUUUAUUUGCCCA